CCUCUACAGCGUCGUCCAAGAGCAGCUCAUUAUCGUUUGGCAGCACUCGGAGCGACUAAAAUUUUUACUUCUCAGAUCACCUGGUAUAAUUCAUGCGUCUAUUCUCGCUCGCCGCCGUGGCUGCUUUGAUAGCAUCUAUGUCUAUCAGUCCAACCCUAGCUAGUUUCGACGAUACUUGUCUUGCCACUGGUGAGUAUUGCAAUGAACACUCUGAAUGCUGCUCUGAUGCGUGCACAUGGGAAACUGAUUGCAGUGAGAAAUAUUGUGUUACUUAUGACAGUAUGCUCGAUCUCGACGAGUGGAAACGUUUUGAUAUUGAAUGCUAAGUUCAUCAGCUUGAAAAUGAUUGCAUGCUUAGUUUUUGAUAUACAACACCUUUCGUCUGCGUCCCCUUUCACUCAUCGUCUCGUCGUUGACAUGUCGAACAGUCCUCUCCGUACGAUAUUAUAUCACCGAGCGUACUUUCUAUGUGCCUAAUCUUCGCUUCUUUGUUGCUUCUAAUAAGCAUUUGGUACUUGUUUGGAAUUGAUU